GAUGAUUCAACCACUCAACCACUAGAUGUCGCUGAAAACAACAAAUCCUACACACUAUGCCUUUAAUUUAGAGAGAGAAACUCAUCAAAAAGCUAAAAUAAAAUCACUAAGUAUCUGAAGGAACAUUUUAUGAUAAAAGCUUUACUGUCCUUAGAAGGUGUGUUAUUUACGUUCAGAUUAAUCUGAAUUUAUUAUGUUUCUGAUUUCCGGUGUAAUGUAAUAAUUCUGGGUUUCCCUCAUCAGAUCAAUAACUUGUUUUAAUUAUUUGAUAAUAUUUAGUGUAGAAACAAUAAAGCUGUCGUGUUGACUAUUUAAAAUCAAUUAGGCUCUAAUUUUCAGUGAAGUCAAAUUUUUUAUUGGUUUAAACACAGAAACAUAAUCCUGAGCCCCUCAGCCUGAGUUUUGCUGUUCGAUGAAGUUGAGUUGUUGGCAGCUGAUCUGGAGCCUCUGGCCCGUCCCUCGGCUCCACCGGGCCGCUGACACUCAUCCACUCCCGCAGCUUAACAAAUAGGAUUAGAGGUCAGGGGCAGAAAUCUGCGGCGCAGGAGUCCCAUCUGCUCACCUGAGAGGAGAGGCUGCGGAGCCCCGUCCGCCUUCCUUUUGUUUCGCAAUGAGAGCUGCAGGAGGGACGAGCAGGUGGAGGUGAGGAGCUUUAGUUCAAAAUGUCCUGGAGGCGUGUGGACCUGUGGGCUGUGCUGCUGCUGCUGCCAGGGCUCCUCUGCACACAAACAGAUUCUGGUCGUGACAUGAUGGGGGGUUCUGAGGGGACCAGAGGACCCUCAGACUCGGACCAGCUCUGGUUCAGACAGCACUCAGUUCUGAUUCGCAGGAAGAGGAACGUGCUGUUCCCCAGCGGCGUGACGCUCUGCUCCCAGGAGACGAUGGACCAGGCUGUGGAGAACCACCUGAACUACUUCCACCUCAGAGUGUGUCAAGAGACUGUGUGGGAGGCAUUUAAGAUCUUCUGGGACCAUCUACCGGAGCAGAAUGAGUACCAGAACCUUGUGAGCGGCUGUAUCAAUGGAUCCAUCAGCAUCAAAGAUAUUGGCAGCUUCUUCAGUCAAUCAGAGGAGCAUAGAAGCCUCAUCAGGAGUAGAGUUGCCUUGGCUGCUGAGAGGAACAGUGUGCCUGUCUCCUCAGACUCUCCUCCCUGCAGCUCUGAAACAAAACCUGUCCAAACCAGAGACUCCUUGAUAGACACUCUGCCAGGAGUAACAGCCAUCAGUGGAAAAGAAACUAUCAGCAUUACAAAGGACAAGCCUCCUGCUGGUUUUGAAUUGAUGACUGAAGAUUCACUUCAGGCUACAAUAUCUUCAAUUAAGAUUCCUGUGGAUUUAACCUCUGACCCCAAUGCUGGUGCAAUGCCAGAAGACUCUAAUGAUAUCAAAGAAACUGGAGGCAGUGUUGCAUCACAAAAUACAGCUGAGGUCACCAUUAAAACUGAGGUUUUAACUGCUGGAGUCAAUGCUGAGGAGACUGUAGAGACAACCUCAAGUGUUGUUCUCAUUGAUGGAAUGAAUGAGGAGAGCGGUAAAGACAAAACUGUUCCAGAACGAACAGGGGAAGAGGUUGUUGUGAAAAUUAUUCCUGAAGAUUUGGAGGAUAUUGGAGUGUUUAGCCCAGAAAUUGAGGAGCCAUCGUCAGAGAAUGUAGAGUCAGAAGAACCCACAGAAGUUGCUGUUGUGGUUCUUCAAGAGCCCACCUUAAAACCUCUUUUUGAAGCCUUUACUGUGGUGGAAUCAGGAUAUGAGGGACCUCCAGAGAUGACCUCUGACAUUCCAGCAGAGGUGGUGUUAGAACAUUCUUCUGAAACUACCACUAAAGGUCUUUUGAUGUUAGAUGAGGAAGGUCUUGACAAUUCCUUGGAAACCAAGGUUGGUACAGAGACCAUACCAACUGUGUUGCUCAUAACAAAUCCAGAACAGGAGGCUAAAAUCUCUGUAAAUGAAAUUUCAGAACAUGAACUGGAAAUGGAAAUUUCUUCUCAGACCUCCAUUUUGAUAAUUGGGGAAAGCCCAACACUAGUUGUUGAAGUUACCACCAAACCUUUUCUGGUUUUACAAGAUAACAAUGAUGAAGAUGUCACUAAAGAUAAGCCAACAAUAGGAACUAUUCUGACCAAAGACACUGCCAAGCCAGUAGAGGAGGUAAAGGCUGAGGUCAAACAGGAUGAAAUUUCUCUUCUUAUUAAAGAUGAAACAGCUGAGUUGGAACAAAGGGAAGCUGUUCGGACAAAGGAUACUACUAUAGAAACUGGAGAAACUCUAGCCAGGCCAGCAGAAACAGUAUAUACAACCAAAAUACCAAUAGAACCCAAUGAGCAAGAGAAAUUCAGUGUUACAAAGGAGCCACAAUCGGAAGAAGAGGCAGCAGAAUUUACUGGAGCUGACAUGAAAGAUCCACGACCUGUAGAAAUAACAACAAAAGAGACUAAUUUUACAGUAGAACUACCACCAGAAGCAGACCUUGUGGGAGGUAUUAAAGAAGAAGCCAAACACAGAGAGGAGGUAGCACAAGAAGUGGACCCUGAUGAACAAACUUUAGAAAAAACACAGUCCUCAACAGAACCCAUAGUAGAUAGGGCAUUCAAAAAUGAAAUUACACAUAGGCCUUCAGAACCAACAGGAGAAUUAACAAAACAAGCAGAGGUUACAGAAAAAGAACCAAGAGCCACUGAAGAACUAUCAGAAAAACCCAUAGGAAAACCACUUGAACAAGUAGAACCGACUAAAGAAUCAACAAAAGAAGCUACGCCUACCAUUUUACAAGCUCAAGAGGUAGAAUCCAUUGAAAAAUCAACAAAGAAAAUGGAACCAACCAUUAAACCUGUUCCACUAGAACCCACUAAAGAAUUCGUACAAGAAAUAAAACCAGCCAUUAAACCAACUCAAGAAGUAGAAACUGCUAAAGAAUCCAUGCAAGAAACAGAAACAAGUAUUCAACCAUCACACGAAAUGGAAACUUCCAAAGAAUCAACACAAGAAAAAGAAACAAGCAUUAAAACAGCUCAAGAUGUAGAACCUGCUAAAAAAUCUGCACAAGAAACAGAACCAACCAUUAAACCAUCUCAAGAAACAGAACCAACCAUUAAACCAUCUCAAGAAACAGAACCAACCAUUAAACCAUCUCAAGAAACAGAACCAACCAUUAAAUCAUCUCAAGAAACAAAGCCAAUAAUAAAGAUAGAUCAAAAAGUAGAACAUGAUAAAGAAUCUACACAAGAAACAGAACCAACCAUUAAACCAGCUCAAGAAACAGAACCAACCAUUAAACCAGCUCAAGAAACAGAACCAACCACUAAACCACCUCAAGAAACAGAGCCAACCAUUAACCUAGAUCUAGAAGUAGAACCUGGUAAAGAAUCUACACAAGAAGAGCCAACCAUUAAACCAGCUCAAGAAAUGGAACUGACUGUUGAACCAGCUCAAGAUGCAAAGCCCCCUAAAGAAUCUACACAAGAAACAGAACUAACCAUUAAACCAGCUCAAGAAACAGAGCCAACCAUUAAACCAGCUCAAGAAACAGAGCCACCCAUUAAACUAGAUCAAGAAAUGGAACCAACCAUUAAACCAGCUCAAGAAAUGGAACUGACCAUUGAACCAGCUCAAGAUGCAGAGCCCCCUCAAGAAUCAAAACAAGAAACAGAACCAACCAUUAAACCAGCCCAAGAAAUAAAGCCAAUAAUUAAGACAGAUCACAAAGUAGAACCUGGUAAAGAAUCUACACAAGAUGCAGAACCAACCAUUAAACCAGCACAAGAAAUGGAUUCCACAAAGCAAGUGACACCAGAAUCUACAAGAGAGCCAAUCCUGUUGCCAGAACCCACAAAAGAACCAGCACACGAAGCAAAACCCACUCAGAAACCAGAUCAAAAAACUGUACCUAUUAAAGAAUUAACAGAAGAAAUAGAACCAACAAAUAAACCAACUGCACAAAAUGAAAAUUUGUCUAAAACAGAAACAAUCGAACCCAGUGGAGAACCAACCCAAGAAAUCAGUACGUUCAUAAAGCCAACAAGAGAAUCUAAACCCACAAGGGAACCAGUACAAGAAGCAGAAUCCACAAAACAAACUUUACAAGAACCUGAACUUGUACAAGAAGUUGUGGAAACAUUGGAACCCAUAGGUGAGCUUACACAAGAAACAGAAGCUGCCAGAGAACCAGCAAAUGAGGGAGAACCUACCAGAGAAGCUGCACCAGAAAACAACAUUGAACUUUCCAGAGAACCAGCACCUGAAGAAGAAGCCAUCAGAAAUCGAGCAACUGAGGUGGAAAAGACAAAAGCCCCAUCAGAACCAACAAAAGAAGCAGAUUAUGAGGAAAGAAUUACACAGAAACCAGAACCCACAGUGACAAUUGAACAGGAAGAUAAAUCUGUAGGAGAAAAAGAACCCCCAUAUGUAUAUGCAAAAGAAACUGUAGAUGAAUUCCAAGAAAGAGCUGAAAGUGGACCUUUCGAAGACAAAAAAGAUGGAACGUUUGAGACCACAGAGGACAUAACUGAGAGAAAAGAAGAAACUGCAGACACAUUAGAGGAGUUUGUUCUAGAGACCCCCACAGAGACUGAAGAUGAGAUUACCCCUGUAAUAUUUGUUGUCCCUGAAGAUGUAGAAGAACUAUUGCCAGGCACUGAGGUGUUGGUUCCAUCAAAAACCACCAAGGAGACCACUCCUCAAGUAGCCAAACCUGACCCUGUUAUGGGGGAGUUUGUGAUUGAAGGCCAUCCAGGGAUGACUUCAGAGGUGGAAACCAGCAAACCUGAAGAGCUUCCACCAAGCGAGGACAGUGCCAAGGCAACUGAAGUUGUUGAUGAAACCAUACCGGAGUCUCCUGUGGAAGCCACACCUGAGCCACUUCAUGAGAUUACUCCAGAAACAGUUGUAGUGGUCCCAACAGAGAGUACACAAUAUACAACAACAGUAAAAGGUUCUACUAUAGAGGUCACAACCAAGUAUGUGGUGGAAACCAACAAUGGAAACUUCCCAGUUUUAACAGAACUGAUUCAUGAAGAAGAGGAUAACUUACUUGGAAACAAUGGCUUCUUUUUGGAAGACGAGCAUAAUUUGGUCGGUAAUGAGAUUGAUGACACAUUACUUCGACCCCCACGGCCACUGAAGGACCAGGUGGUGGAGCUGAGGAUCAAGCUGAGAGGAGAAACCUACAACGAUGCUCUGAGGGACCCAACCAGCUUCGAGUACCAGCAGCUGGCCCGAAAGUUCAAACGCAAGAUUGAAGACGUCUUUGAGAGACUGCAGGGCUUUAAGAGCAUCGACAUCAUUGAAUUCAGGCCUCAGAAGGACCUAAAACGGGGUCUGGUGGUUCAGGUGCACUACGCCAUCAUUUUUGAGGUGGAGGUGGACGGCGGUGGAAUCUCCAAUGACACUCUGGACUUCAUCACUCUGCAGAACAACCUGGCGGAGAAGAACUACCUGGGACCCCCGGAACAGCCCACCGUCAUCUACACCAUCACGGACUUCCGCAACUUCAUCACAGAGGCACUGCACAAAGACAACUCCCUGAUGGGCAGCAGCCUGGAAAAUGCAGAGAAUGUGUUGCCUUCUGUGAAACCCACAAGUAAACCAGGCGAUGCCUAUGAUAGCAUGGAUAACAUCCUUGCUGCAGAGAAACCUCCGGAUGCUCCAAGCCACGAGCCAGAUUCCAGCAAUGUUUUCCUGAAAAAGGAGGACUUCCUUUUUGACACCUUGGACCAGUGGAAAGGUCCUCAGAGUGAGGCAGUGAGUGAAAACGAUGUCUUUAUGUUUGACGAGAGCACAUCUCCUUUACCGUCUGUUGAGUUUCUAGAAAACACCUUUGACCUGGGGCCAGCGACUAAAAAAGACCGUGGAAAUAUUGAAGAUGAAGGUUUCCUCUUCGGUAGCGAAGUUGAACGAGGAGUCCUUUCUGAAGACUCCUCUGCAGCCAAAACACCUCCAACAUCCUCUGAGGAUAUGUUUGAGGACACAUCUGGCUCUGGUUCCUCAGGAGAUGAUCAGAGCAUGGAUCUGUGGUCCUGGCAAACUUCAGAAACAUCUGACAUCAUAUAUAACAGAAGUGAUGGCAGCCUGGAGGUUCUGCCCCCACCGGACUUGGAGGUGGAUACAGAUGAGGACAUGGCUGCUGAAGAAAUGCCACCUACUAAGGCAGACAAUUUAGUUGCAACAAGAGAAGUCACAGAGACAGUUCGUUUUAAGGUGACAACAGUGCCUGCUGUUGAAGAAUCCUCUUUGGAUGGACACACGGAGGUGACACCACACAUUAGCAUAGAACCACAGGACUCAACCACAGCCCAGUUACCCGUGUUCUCAACAACAGGAACGCUAAGUGUGGGAUUUUCUAAACAAACAGAGGAAGCAUCUGGUUUCCAUGAGGACACCUCCCUGUAUGAAACACAUACCUUUGCAUUACCAGUCACAUUUUCACCUGAACCUGAUGCUUACGAGUCUGCUGGUUCUUCUGGUCCAGCUGAUUCAUAUAUCAGGCUUCAAGAGGUGACCGAACCGUUGGAAAUGAUAACUAAAUCAGUAGCAGAGAAACCAGUGAUAACAGUUGCCUCAGAGCCAAAGGAAGAGCAGAAAGAGGCUGAAGACAGGUCUGUUACACAUGAAUUACUUGAAAUCCUUUAUACAGACGCUCCUCAAACUUUAGACUCAUCUUUUGUUGAAGUCCAAGCAGCCACAGUCAGUGAACUUAUCUCUGAAAAAGCCACAGAUGAACCAUCUCAACUGGAGGUCUUCACCCAUAAACCUGAACCACCUCUUACAGACACAAAAAUUCAUGAAGCAGUUGAAAUUAUGGAAGAAAAGCAUUUAGACACAAGUUACUCAACAACAACAGCACAAACUAAAGUCCUGGAUCAUGACCUGGUUGUGGAUGAGGUUUUUGUUAUUACUACAACAACAGUAUCUCCUGUCCUAACUCCUUCUGUAGUUCCAGACCACAGCAGUGGUGUUGCGCUCUCUCCUGAGAAGGACUCGCCAUUCACUCGAGUCUCUGAUUUGGCGCCAGAGGAUGAGGAUAUCUUUCACCAGGAGCACCAAAACCAUGAUGAAGAAACUGAAAUUCCAGUAAGCACCGUGGCCCCAGAAGUCCCAUUUGUAACAGUGGUUGUAAACAAAACAGUAAGUCCUUCAACUGAUUUUGUUGGAGUAUCAGAAGUUUCCUCAACAACAGCAAAAGUUUCAGAAUUGGAAACAGAAUCUUUGGGAGGCAACGUUGAACCUUCUGGAGAUAAAGUCGACCUUUCUGAAAUAGGAGGCAAAAUAGAACUUUCAGGCGGCAAAGAGAAAACUUCUGAAAUAGGAAGCAAAGUAGAAACUUCUGCAGGGAAAGAAGAACCUUUGCAAGAGGAAGUAGAACAUGUGAUAGUUGAUGAACAACUUUUUGGAAGAGUAGAGGAUUCUCCCGGAGAGCAAGUAAAAUCUUCAGAGAAAGAAGUCCAACCUUCUGAAGCAGGUGUAUACAUUUCAGGGACAAAAAUACAACCUCCUGAAAGAGAAGUAGAACUAUUAACAAAGGAAGCACAACCUUCUGAAAGGGAAUCUUCAGGAAAGGAAACCAAAGUUUUAGGGGAAAAAGUAAAUGUUGAUAUCCUUCAAACUCCAAUGCCCUCCCUACCACAGUUCAAUGAUAGCACUUCUGCAGAUAAACUCCAGCCUUUCGAACAAGAUUUCCCAGACGUGCCAAGCAUCGAUGUCAGCAUUGAUGUAUUCCAGUACGACACCAGGGCCAAAGAAGGUGAAAGCAGUGGCUUCUUCAGUGGAGCUCUGGGCUCAGACCUGGAGACAAUUGCGCUACCAACCAGACCAGGCAGAGAUUUAACUGUUUUCUUCAGCUUGAGGGUGACCAACAUGGUGUUUUCCAUGGACCUCUUCAACAAGAGCUCCUCAGAGUACAAAGCUCUAGAACAACAAUUCCUAGAACUGUUGGUCCCCUACCUGCAAUCCAACCUGAGCAACUUCCAGAACCUGGAGAUCCUCAACUUCAGGAAUGGCAGCAUUGUUGUGAACAGCAGAAUGCGGUUUGGGAAACCAGUUCCUCAAGAGGUUACCAAUAUCAUCUACCUGAUCCUGGAAGACUUUGCCAACACUGCAUAUCAGACCAUGAACCUGGCCAUUGACAAGCACUCACUAGAUGUUGAAUCAGGUGACCAGGCAGAUCCCUGUAAGUUCCAGGCCUGCAAUGAAUUUUCCAAGUGUAUGGUGAAUCAGUGGUCAGGCGAAGCUGAGUGUGUCUGUGAUCCUGGAUAUCUGAGCGUUGAUGGCCUGCCAUGUCAGAGCAUCUGUGAGGUCCAACACGACUUCUGCCUUAAUGACGGCAAAUGUGACAUCAUUCCUGGAAAGGGUGCUAUCUGCAGGUGUCGGGUUGGAGAGAACUGGUGGUAUCGUGGUGAGCACUGCGAAGAGUACGUCUCAGAGCCGUUGGUGGUGGGCAUCGCCAUAGCCUCUGUGGCCGGUUUCCUUUUGGUGGCUGGUGGCAUCAUCUUCUUUCUGGCUCGAACACUCAGAGAGCAGUACGAUGACGAGGACACAGAGGACCCACUGCGACGGGGUGAAAGUGUUCCAAGUCUGAAGCGUGCCACCAAGUUCAACCCGAUGUUUGAGAAUGACCCAGUCUCUGCCCAGUACUACCGUCGUUAUGAUGACAAUCUGCCGCCAUACUACCAAUGCUAUGACUCCACCCUUCCCCAAUACGGCUCUAAAGACCUGAGUGACGAAGAGAUUCAAAACAUCUACCAAAACACCACACUGACUAAAGAGGAGAUCCAGGAGCGUCUCAGAAUCAUUGAGUUGUGUUCCAGAGAUCAGCGCUUUGCAGACUUCAUGCGGCAGACUCAAGUAUUCUUGGAGAGAAGAGGGAGCUCCACCACAUAACGACCUCACAGCCACAGACCUCCAGGAACCAGCCUUUACCAGGAGAAUGAAUAGGACUUUCUCACCUUGAUGCUUUUGACUGGAGUGGAAGGUGGCCAGUCGGUGACCGUUUAUUUUUAAAGACUUCCUUUUUUUGUCGUUCUUUUUGAGGUGGCCCUGAAGUGAACUUUGACCUUCAGUCUUUAUGUAUUUAUUGGUGUUUGUGUUUUUAUUUUGAUGUUUUGUUUUGGACAAAAUCUUCAGUCCCUGGUUUUAACCACUGGAUAUUUCCAUUGCUGAGAACAUCUGUCUUACACUUUCCGUUGGAUUUUCUCUUCAGUUUGGAUUCAAGGGUUUCUGAUUGUUUGCUGACAGUGGUUCCCAGCAGGGUCACCACAACUGCUGGUUUGAAAUAGGUGGGAUUAUAACCUGCAACAUUAUCCAGCAUGUCUUUUUUUUUCCUGGACAGCGGUGACCUGCAGUGGUUUUUUGCUGUCGGUGCCUUCACUGCUCUUGUAGCUCUUCUGGGAUGUGAAGAAUCUCAGAGCCCUUGAUUUGAAUCUGUUCUCCUGUAAACCCACACCAGAUGAGACCAUAAACCUCCUGCUUUCUCUUCUGCUUCAUGCUCGUAAAUGUUUACAUUUGUGUAUCAGUGGUAAAUAUUUGCAUUUCUGAGUGGGUGCGUAUGUGUAGCCUGUCAUGUGUUUGUGGUUUCAGAAAGUUCGGGGUGAGUUAGUUCAAAGCAUUUUGUUUAAGCAAAUAAAUUUAUUUUGUACCUGCAAAAAAA